CUAAUUUGUUACUUCCUAAUUCACCUAUUGUGUGAGUCUCGUCUCUUUUUUAACUCUUGCUGUAAUGGAGUUGUUCAUCUUCAUUGCUUUUCUUCUCCUUAUGGAGGUUCAGUCUUACAAAUCUCCUGCUGUAAAAGUAUCUCCAGAUGUCAUAAGUGAGUCCAGCUCAGUGAAGAUGAUUUGUGAGAUGUUGCCAGCAGAUGUUGCAGUGAAACAGUGUUAUUUCUACAUAAACAGAGGAAAAGAGAAGAAUAUAAAAGUUAGUCCAUCUUGUGAGCUCAAUCUCACUGGUGCUGAAGUGCUCAUAUGGGCAGCUGUAAAAUCACCUGCAUCAAUCAACAUUAACUGCUUCUACACAAUACAUAAACACGGGAUUGAUAAACCAUCAUCUCAUUCUCCUGCUGCCACUGUGACGGUUCUAGGUUCACUUCAGAAACCCACCAUGAAUGUUAGUGAUGAUGAUGUCCAGAUCAACAUAGCCUGUGAAAUUCUACUAUCAGUCAGAGUUGAUUUCAUCUGUCGUCUCUACACUGAGGAUGGUCUUCUGCGCACAAGUUACUCUCAGGGGAAACAGUCUGGAGGGCAUCUUUGUAUGUUUUAUUCAAGUCAUAGUGAACUCUUGACAGGAUCAGAGAACAGACAGCUGAGCUGUGAUUAUUCACUCAACACUGAACCUGAGAUCAGAUCACCGCGCAGUGACACAAUCACCGUCAGAGCACCAGAUGCACAUCAUGUUACGACAGCCAAGAAAACCUACUCACUUUCCAAGUCAAACCCGCCAACCAGCACAACAAAGGAAACCACAUCAAUAAUGGCUGCUGUUUCCACUACUGAAACCCCAGAAUCCACCAGAACUGAUGUUUUGGUCAAUAAACAGAAAGAGGGAAGUACAAAGGAAAAUGAGAAUGUUUACCACCUGUACUGCACGAUCCCUGACAAACCAGUUCACUCAAACGAAGCAGAUCAAGUCUAGUUUGGUGAAGAUGCACUGAUGAGUCUCUGUUGUUUCAUUAUGUACAGUAUAUCCAUUAUAAAGUUUCUUUACUUGAAGAAAAAUAGGUGUUUACUUUCAUUAUUCAGUGCUUGGUGUGGAACCACUUAUAAUAUUGGACUUAAAAUAUUACAUUUAAUAUUAAUACUAUUUAUUUUUAACCAUCCCUUUGUCUGAAAUGAUCUGUUUUAAUAGAAAAUGUAUGGCUUGUCAGUAAACUGCCACCAUUUUGUUUGGCUAAUGUUAUUCCAUAGAAAAAAAGUAGGCUAUCAACGGCCCCUUCACUAUUGCUUUGAAAACAUUAUCCGUAUUAUACAGAUAAAAUUGUUUACUUACGGUUUGGGAUGUGGCUUCUGUCAGAUCCAAUCCAGUGAUAUCAAACUUUUUUUACAGUCUAUGGAUCCAAUACAGUUGGCUGCUUCAUCUUUCAACAAAAGUUUCUUUGCAAACUCUCCAUUAUAAUGUGCCUUUG